GAGUGUGUGUGCGUCGGGCGGGCGGGCACUGCAGCUUCCUCCUCCGUGGAGCGGGGAGCGAACGAGAGCUAGAACGAGCGAGCGGCGAAGGCGGGCAGAGGGGCGCGGGCGAGGCGGCGCAGUCAUCCCUGGCCCGGCGCGGCGCCGCCACCAUGCUAAACAACCUGACGGACUGCGAGGACGGCGAUGGGGGCGCCAACCCCGGUGAUGGCAACCCCAAGGAGAGCAGUCCCUUCAUCAACAGCACUGACACCGAGAAGGGAAAAGACUAUGAUGGCAAGAACAUGGCCUUGUUUGAGGAGGAGAUGGACACCAGCCCCAUGGUGUCCUCUCUGCUCAGCGGCCUGGCCAACUACACCAACCUGCCACAGGGAAGUAGGGAGCACGAAGAGGCUGAAAACAAUGAGGGUGGAAAGAAGAAGCCAGUGCAGGCCCCACGCAUGGGCACCUUCAUGGGUGUGUACCUACCAUGCCUGCAGAACAUCUUUGGCGUCAUCCUCUUCCUGCGACUCACCUGGGUGGUGGGCAUUGCAGGCAUCAUGGAGUCCUUCUGCAUGGUGUUCAUCUGCUGCUCCUGUACGAUGCUCACGGCCAUCUCGAUGAGUGCCAUCGCAACCAAUGGUGUUGUGCCUGCUGGCGGCUCCUACUACAUGAUUUCCAGGUCUCUGGGCCCAGAGUUUGGGGGCGCCGUGGGCCUCUGCUUCUACCUGGGCACUACCUUUGCUGGGGCCAUGUACAUCCUGGGCACCAUUGAAAUCCUGCUGGCUUACCUCUUCCCAGCUAUGGCCAUCUUCAAGGCCGAGGAUGCCAGUGGGGAGGCAGCAGCCAUGCUGAACAAUAUGCGUGUGUAUGGCACCUGUGUGCUCACCUGCAUGGCCACCGUGGUAUUUGUGGGCGUCAAGUAUGUCAACAAGUUUGCCCUUGUCUUCCUGGGCUGCGUCAUCCUCUCCAUCUUGGCUAUCUACGCAGGGGUCAUCAAGUCUGCCUUCGACCCGCCCAACUUCCCGAUCUGCCUCCUGGGGAACCGCACACUGUCUCGCCAUGGCUUUGAUGUCUGUGCCAAGCUGGCUUGGGAAGGAAAUGAGACGGUGACCACGCGACUCUGGGGCCUUUUCUGCUCCUCUCGCUUCCUCAACGCCACCUGUGAUGAGUACUUCACCCGAAACAAUGUCACAGAGAUCCAGGGCAUUCCUGGCGCUGCCAGUGGCCUCAUCAAAGAGAACCUCUGGAGCUCCUACCUGACCAAGGGGGUGAUUGUGGAGAGGCAGGGGAUGCCCUCGGUGGGCCUGGCAGACGGCACUCCUGUUGACAUGGACCAUCCCUACGUCUUCAGCGAUAUGACCUCCUACUUCACCCUGCUGGUUGGCAUCUACUUUCCCUCAGUCACAGGGAUCAUGGCUGGUUCUAACCGCUCUGGGGACCUGCGGGAUGCCCAGAAAUCGAUCCCCACUGGCACCAUCCUGGCAAUCGCCACCACCUCCGCUGUCUACAUCAGCUCUGUUGUUCUGUUUGGGGCCUGCAUUGAGGGAGUUGUCUUGCGGGACAAGUUUGGUGAAGCUGUGAGUGGCAACCUGGUGGUGGGGACACUGGCCUGGCCGUCUCCUUGGGUCAUUGUCAUUGGAUCCUUCUUCUCCACCUGUGGGGCUGGGCUGCAGAGCCUCACGGGAGCCCCACGCCUGCUGCAGGCCAUCUCCCGGGAUGGCAUAGUGCCGUUCCUGCAGGUCUUUGGUCAUGGCAAAGCCAACGGAGAGCCAACAUGGGCCCUGCUCCUGACUGCCUGCAUCUGCGAAAUCGGCAUCCUCAUUGCAUCCCUCGACGAGGUCGCCCCCAUCCUCUCUAUGUUUUUCCUGAUGUGCUACAUGUUUGUGAACCUGGCCUGUGCAGUGCAGACGCUGCUGAGGACGCCCAACUGGAGGCCACGCUUCCGAUAUUACCACUGGACACUCUCCUUCCUGGGCAUGAGCCUCUGUCUGGCCCUCAUGUUCAUCUGUUCCUGGUAUUACGCCCUGGUGGCCAUGCUCAUUGCCGGGCUAAUCUACAAGUAUAUCGAGUACCGCGGGGCAGAGAAGGAGUGGGGCGAUGGCAUCCGAGGCUUGUCUCUCAGUGCAGCUCGCUAUGCCCUCUUGCGCCUGGAGGAAGGGCCCCCGCAUACCAAGAACUGGAGGCCACAGCUGCUGGUGCUGGUGCGUGUGGACCAGGACCAAAAUGUGGUGCACCCACAGCUGCUCUCGUUGACCUCCCAGCUCAAGGCAGGGAAGGGCCUGACCAUUGUGGGCUCUGUCCUUGAGGGCACCUUUCUAGAAAACCAUCCCCAGGCCCAGCGGGCAGAGGAGUCCAUCCGACGCCUGAUGGAGGCAGAGAAGGUGAAAGGCUUCUGCCAGGUAGUGAUUUCCUCAAACCUGCGUGAUGGCGUGUCCCACCUGAUUCAGUCCGGGGGCCUCGGGGGACUGCAACACAACACCGUGCUUGUCGGCUGGCCCCGCAACUGGCGGCAGAAGGAAGAUCAUCAGACUUGGAGGAACUUUAUCGAGCUGGUCCGAGAAACCACGGCUGGCCACCUGGCCCUGCUGGUCACCAAGAAUGUUGCCAUGUUUCCUGGGAACCCUGAGCGCUUCUCUGAGGGCAGCAUCGACGUCUGGUGGAUUGUGCACGACGGGGGCAUGCUCAUGCUGCUGCCCUUCCUGCUGCGGCACCACAAGGUCUGGCGGAAGUGCAAGAUGCGUAUCUUCACGGUGGCCCAGAUGGAUGACAACAGCAUCCAGAUGAAGAAGGACCUGACCACAUUCCUGUACCACUUACGCAUCACCGCAGAGGUCGAGGUGGUGGAGAUGCAUGAGAGCGACAUCUCGGCUUACACCUACGAGAAGACGCUGGUGAUGGAGCAGCGCUCUCAGAUCCUCAAACAGAUGCAUUUAACCAAGAAUGAGCGGGAGCGGGAGAUCCAGAGUAUCACAGAUGAGUCUCGAGGCUCAAUCCGGAGAAAGAAUCCAGCCAACACUCGGCUCCGCCUCAAUGUCCCAGAAGAGACAGCUGGUGACAGCGAGGAGAAGCCGGAGGAGGAGGUGCAGCUGAUCCAUGACCAGAGUGCUCCCAGCUGCCCUAGCAGCUCACCGUCCCCAGGGGAGGAGCCUGAGGGUGAGGGUGAGGCAGAUCCUGAGAAGGUGCAUCUCACCUGGACCAAGGACAAGUCGGCAGCCGAGAAGAAUAAGGGCCCUAGCCCUGUCUCCUCCGAGGGCAUCAAGGACUUUUUCAGCAUGAAGCCGGAGUGGGAGAAUUUGAACCAGUCCAACGUGCGGCGCAUGCACACAGCGGUGCGGCUGAACGAGGUGAUCGUGAAGAAGUCCCGGGACGCCAAACUUGUUUUGCUCAACAUGCCGGGGCCUCCCCGCAACCGCAACGGGGACGAAAACUACAUGGAGUUCCUCGAGGUCCUCACCGAGCAUCUGGACCGGGUGAUGCUGGUCCGCGGCGGCGGCCGCGAGGUCAUCACCAUCUACUCCUGAGAGCCAGGAUCUGCCACCCGGGCCGAGCGCGCCCAGCCCGCGGCCCCGGAGCCCUUGCCGCGCCCCCCGCCGCUGUCACCGUUUACAUACAGACCCUGUGCCCGCACCCCGGCCCCUUCCCCCGCUGCCUGAAGCCCGGGGCCACGCCCGUCGGGGCUGACCCGGAGAGGGCGGCCCCCGGCGGCUCCUGUCUGUUGGCCGGCUGCUCUGCCCUUUUUCUGAGCCCGACCUUGCCCCGCCGGAGGAGAGGCUGCAAUAAAGGGCGGGAGGAGGCACGGGAGCAGAAGACCUUUGGCUGGCCGUGCGGCCCCUACCCACCGAGCGGGGCCUGGGCCUGCCCCGACCCCCGCACAGCCUCCGAGAGCUCGGUGGCCGACGCCGUGGGGUGGCCGGCCGGGCUCCGAUCUUCGCUGUCCCUUCCAGCCGAGCCGCGGGGGUCCGGCCGGGCCUAUACAUAGUGUACAGGAGACAUCGCGUGUAUUUUUAACGUCCCCAUAUUUAUGUGACUAGAAAGCGCAACAGUCUUCUCGCUACCGUGGAGUGCGCCCGCUGGGGCCGAAGCCUCGGGAAGCUGGGUUUUCCUGGGCGUCCGACAGUCUGAGAGCGAAAGUGCUGUAGGCCCAGGCAGGGGUCGUGGUCCUGGGCCUGCGACACCUCCGCGCCACUCUCGCCGCCUCACCUUUUCCGCGCGCCCUUGGCUUCCGACCCUUCCCUCCAGGUCUUCUCGGAGAUGAAGUGAGCGAAGGGUCCACCUUUUCCUGGACUUGCCUCCCAGCGGACGGGAGCUUCCACGGCGCCCGCAGAGACGCGCGCAGCCUCUUCUCCUCGGCUCGUCUUCAAGCUGGGCCAGGAUGGGAGGGACGCUCCUCGAGAGGGGAGAAACCGAGGAAGCCCCGCCCCGGUGCCUUCGCUAGGGGAGCAGGCGUCUUUCCUGUCGGCUUGUCUCCUGCUCCCCCUACCCCAUGUCUCCUCGCCAAAGACUGAAAUCAGGGAGCUGGGGGGCGCCCCCUCUCCAGAAUUUCCUCCCUAUGUCAGGUGAGGGGUGGGGGUGAUUUUCAUUUAGGAGCCGGACCCACUGGGAAGCCCCAUUGCUGUCCCUGAUGUUCCCUCCCUUGCCCCAUCUGGCAGCUCUGGCCUCGAGGAUCCGGCGGCCUUCGCGUCCCAGGGAGCCGGGCCUUUCUGCCUAGCAUCGCCUCUAGCUCCGUCUCCCAGGCACCCGGGCCGGGGGAGGGCUGGAGUCACUCCGCGGGUUGUUCUUAGCACCUCCCUGCUCUCUUCCAACCAGGACCCAAGGCCUUUAGCUUCCCUAACUCCAGUCCUUGGCCCUUCCGCUCCACUAGCCCGGUCGGAGGCGCCCUGUCCCUAGAGAAGGCGCACUGGCCGGGAUCCCUUCCCCCAGGGCACGUCAAUAAGGCGGAGAGGCACUGCAUGCUCGUUCCAGCGCCCUCUGGGACUAGGUACAGUACCUUCAGCCCCAGGUCCCUGGCCUGCGCACCUAGUUAAGACAUCUUGCCCACAUCCCAAAGCUUGGGCCACUGGGUACUCCUGACCUCACCACCUCCUUUCCUUUGAGCCCAAGGCAGAAAAGCUGAUGUCAUCCAGACCCAGUCAGGUGUGGCUGGAGGCCAGGGAAGUCUGUGGGUUAGGCCAAGGCCUCUAUGAGAUUUGAUCAGGGGACUGGAGGGAUCCUUCCAUGUACCAGUCAGAAAACUGGAGGUGUCAGACACCAGCCCCCUCACCUCCAAAGACCUCCUUCUGAGAACCACAGCCCUUCUGCUGUCCUGAGCAUUCCUGGGCUGAAGUGGGGGGCUGGGCAGAAGGUGAAGGGGGCUGCAUCAAUACCAAUUAGGGAACCAAAGUUGCACUAUUUGGGCCCAGACUGUCUGGCGGGCAAGAGCAGUUUCCGUUGAUGAACCAAACAUACAACAAAAACCCAAGUUUUCUGUGCUACAUGUGCAAUAUUUGUUACGAAUGUUCUCAAGUCAUUCAUUAAAUUCUCUUUACAAACACUGUAGCUAGAUGUUUUACGUCCAUUCACGUGACUUUUAUUCUGAGUGCAAUAUUUCAAUAGCCUUGUAGUGAUACUAGUGUUGCUUUUGUUUUAGACGAUCUAUGUGCAGGGCAAUGCAAUGAAGUUGAAAACUUGUAAAUAGAAGAGGUUGCACACCAAAUCAAGAUAUUUAUUACUAUUAUUAUUAGGCCUGCCUUUUACUUUUCAGUGUUUCAGUAUUCCGCAUUUUGCCUCAGUAUUGAUCUUGUGUUCUUUGUGCCAAUAUGAAAAGCAGAGGGUCGGUUCUUUCCUUUAUUGUUGAAUGCUCCCAUUUAAUGCUUUACAGCUUUUACUGUAUUAAUUUUUUAGACUCCCGUCUGCACAAAAUGCAAUAAAAAUAAUUUUAUUAUACCCUU